UUCUACAUCCGGGUCCGUGGUUCAUAAUCAGUAGUCGUACUGCAGGGAACAAGGCCAGACAAAAUGCAAACGUCUUUAGUAAAGAUGGUUUUAUUUUCAUCCCUGCACGUGUUGUUGUCUUUGACGUGUUUUCAUGAGGUUGUGGAAGCAGCCAGCGGGAAAGGGUUUGGAGAUCACAUCCACUGGAGGACGCUGGAUGAUGGCAAGAAGGAAGCAGAGGCCAGUGGGCUGCCAAUCAUGCUCCUCAUCCACAAGAGCUGGUGUGGAGCCUGUAAAGCACUGAAGCCCAAAUUUUCUGAGUCCAAGGACAUCUCUGAACUUGCACACAACUUUGUGAUGAUCAACCUGGAGGACGACGAGGAGCCAAAAGAUGAGGCCUUGAGCCCCGAUGGAGGAUACAUUCCUCGGAUUCUUUUCCUUGAUCCCAGCGGUAAAGUCCAUGCUGAAAUUAUCAACAAGAACGGCAAUCCAAACUACAAGUACUUCUACAGCAACGCAGACCAAGUUGUGUCCGGCAUGAAAGAGGCUUCAGAGAUGCUGACGGGUGACGCCUUCAAGGGUCACACAGCAGACGAGCUGUGAGGAGGUGGAGACGGGUGUCAGGCUGUAAGGGCUACACUUCUUCUACCUGAGCCUGAGCUGCAGAACACCAACAUCCCAGACAACCCAAACAAUCUGUAUUUAUACUCCAACUUAAGACCGUGAGGCUCCGUCUCCCUCACCAAACCAAGCAAACCCUUAAAUCGGUGCUUGAGUCUUUCUUUUUGUCCGACACAUUUCUUCUUCUUUUCCCGUCAUUGUCUCAAACAUGUAUAUUUGUAGGUAAUGAAGUGCCAUGUACUGUACUUACUCUCUGUAGAGGACAUAACUAAGUCAUACUAGCCAAGUUAACAGUUAUAGACCUUCACUCUGUGUGUGCUGUUGUUGGAAACAUCUAGAAAUCACCAAGUUUUAACAGGUGAACUGCCUCCUUUUCCACCAACCAUGAGACUUAUUUAGACUAAAGAAGUUUAGUUUGUAGAGUUUGACUGUUUAGUUUAAUGUAACCAGUAGAAAUGUUUCACCCGACAGCAGGUCUACUUCACGUUAGUCAGGAUCCAUAUUUUAACACCUACAGUGAUGUGCUUCCAAAGAUCCUCUACAGUCUGUUAACAUUAAUGUCUGAUAUUUAUCAAGCACUAACCAUGAUUCUUAUUACCACGUUCAUUUAAUCCUGCUGGUUUAUAUGCUUAGUACCUUCUGAUUGUGUUCUCCUGAGUUUGUUUUGCUGCUCGUGAAGUGACAACAUUAUGUUGAUUUUUUAAAAAUGAGGGAUGAAAACAUUGGUUAAGUGUCUUGAUGUAUUUUAUACAUGUACACAGCCAAGUGUGCAAAUAAAGUUUGUUCUACUGA